AUGGCGGACAACCUUGCACCCAUUGUCCAGCUCCUUCAGGCUACAUUGGACCCUAGACAGCACAAACAAGCCGAAGCUGCCCUCCGUCAAGCAGAGAAGAAACCGGGAUACUCGUUGCAGCUCUUGCACAUCACCGCCAACAAUGCACUGCCAUACAACACUCGCCUGUCGAGCGCCCUCUACUUCAAGAACUUUAUCAAAUGGAAUUGGACCGACGAGGAUGGCAAUUACAAGUUGGAAGAGAAAGAUGUCAAAACAAUCAAGCAAGAGCUCAUAAGCCUGAUGAUUUCCAUGCCUCCGGGCAUUCAGACCCAACUAGGAGAAGCUGUCAGCGUGAUAGCGGACAGCGAUUUCUGGCGGCGAUGGGAUACACUUGUUGGCGAUCUUGUUUCACGGUUGUCGCCAGAUAACAUUAUUGUGAACAUUGGUGUCUUACAGGUUGCACACUCCAUUUUCAAAAGAUGGAGGCCCCUUUUCCGCUCAGACGAACUCUACGAGGAAAUCAACCAUGUUUUGGAGCGGUUUGGCCAGCCGUAUCUUGCUCUUUUUGAGAGCCUGGAUUCGUUUAUCGAUCAGAACAGAAACGAUAAGGAGAAAAUCACCCAAGCCUUCUCCCAAUUAAAUUUGAUGAUCAAAUUGUUUUACGACCUCUCGUGCCAUGAUCUUCCGCCGAUGUUUGAAGACCACGUAGGAGCCAUAGCGUCCCUGCUUUUGAAGUAUCUGACAUAUGACAACCCGUUGCUUCAUACUGCCGAUGAAUCAGAGGCUGGCCAACUGGAGUUUGUUAAAGCCGGGAUUUUCGAAGCUCUGGUGCUUUACGUACAGAAAUACAUCGAUAUCUUUGGAGAUCAUGUCCAUCAGUUUAUUAGCAGUUCUUGGAAUUUACUCACCACGAUUGGGCAGGACACCAAAUAUGACAUUCUUGAUGACGCAGUGCUCAGUCAAGUGACAGAAAAGGUCAUUUUGCCAAAUAUAUCCCUACGAGAGUCGGACAUUGAAAUGUUUGAAGAUGAACCCAUCGAGUUCAUUCGCCGAGAUCUCGAAGGAGGCGAUAGCGAAACGAGAGACGCGCGGCCAACUGAUUUCCUCAGACAGUGCCUUGAAAACUUCGAACAUUCGCCAUCGCUGCGAAAGGGUGUCGCGACAGCAACCCAUGGAGUGACAACUACAAAUCCGCUGGUCAGCAUUACCGAUUUCUUCCAAAAACAUUUAGCCUCCGAUUUAGUUGCGACAACAGGAGUUCAGCCGCUCUUGAAGGUGGACGCCAUCAAGUUUUUGUACUCGUUCCGAAGUCUCAUCACAAAAGAGCAAUGGCGUGAAGCCCUUCCUCUUUUGGUGCAACAUCUCGGGUCUUCAGUCUACGUUGUGUACACCUACGCAGCUGUUGCCCUUGAGAAAGCACUCUGUCUUGCUGAUAACCAAAAUCAACCCGUCAUCCCUGCCAGCGAAAUCACGCCUUUGGCCCCACAGCUCCUUGAGCAUAUCUUUCAACUAAUAGAAAAGGAUCCAUCGCCCCCCAAGGUCCAGGAAAAUGAGUUUCUUAUGCGAUGCAUCAUGAGGGUGCUCCUAGUUAUCAAGGACAGUGUCGUCCCAAUCAUCGACCCCAUUUUACAACAUCUCGUUAAUAUCACAAAAAUAAUCAGCACAAAUCCCAGCAACCCUCGGUUCUACUAUUAUCAUUUCGAGGCCCUUGGUGCUCUGAUUAGGUUUGGGGCUCCCAGCCAGCCUUCCAAGGUUGAGAAUGCCCUUUAUACCCCGUUUGUUAAUAUCUUGCAGAGUGACGUGCAAGAAUUUAUGCCCUAUGUCUUCCAACUCUUGUCCGCGCUAUUGGAAGCCCAACCGUCGAACACCCUCCCUGAAAACUAUCAAAGCCUGAUCGCUCCAAUUCUGAUACCAACCAUGUGGGAAACCAGAGGGAAUAUACCCGCGCUUGUGCGCUUAUUGUCAUCUAUUCUUCCUCGGGGCGCCGGCAUGAUUACACAGAAUAAUCAGAUAGAGCCAAUCUUGGGUAUCUUCCAGAAACUAGUGUCAUCCAAACUCAACGAGAGUUACGGGUUUGAUCUACUUGAAAAUGUCAUAUCAGCAUUCCCUUCGGCCAUUUUGGAGAAAUACUUUGCGACUAUCACCCAAAUUAUCUUGACCCGACUUGAAAAAUCUAAAACGGAGAACUUCACGCUCCGAUUUGUUCGAUUCUAUCAUUUUAUCUCCGCCCUCAAUGAGAAUGGUUACGGUUGUGAUUUCUUCAUCCAAGUCACGGAACAUAUUCAGUCUGGCGUAUUCACCCCUAUCUAUUUGAAUAUCAUCCUCCCAGAAUCGCGGAAACUCGCACGUCCGUUAGACCGAAAAGUGGCUUUGAUAUCGUUCACCAAAACGCUUGCAAACUCCGAUGCGUUCGCUAAUCGAUAUAAGAAAGGAUGGGGGUUUACCUGUGAGGCCCUCCUUAAUCUUGUCAGUCAGCCUCCUCUGCCUGCCGCCAAGGACGACAUCAUCAGAGAGAACGAUGUUGAGGAUAUGACGUUUGGUGUUGGAUACACCCAACUGAACACCAUCAAGAAAGCUGCCCGUGACCCAUGGCCUCAGAUUGGUCCCAAUCUCGGCGCCUGGGUCGCUACAUAUCUAAAGGAGGCCGAUACAAGACAUGGUGGAAGAAUUAGUAGUUUUGCACAGGAAAGGCUGAGCCCAGAGGCCAAAGCUGGGUUGGCAAACUACCUGAGCGGCUAA